UUUAUAAUACUCUUUGGAGUUUCUACUUCACCCCGCCACACCCAGAGUCGCACCGCUUCAUUUUUGUUGAACUUUUAUUGUGUCUGAACUGAGAAUACCCUUAAGCAAACAGAUUUCACAAGGAAAAGAUGAGCAAUAAGCUGCAGACAAGAACGUUUAUGGAUGAGUUGCGUGGGUUUGAAAAAGGUUGGAUGUUUGAUCUUGGCCACCCUCUCCUUAACCGCAUCGCUGAGAGUUUUGUCAAAGCCGCUGGGAUUGGUGCAAUUCAGGCCGUCUCACGGGAGGCUUAUUUUACCGCCAUUGAGGGUAGUGGACUAGAUUCUUCAAGCAGUGUGCCGCCAGAGCUCUCUCCUGCGGGUGCUGCCAAGAAGCGCAACCGGUUUCCUGAUCUCAGAGGAGAAACUAACGGAAAAUCUCUUGAAGCCUUGGUGAAGAGCACAGGAAAAGAAUCCAUGCAGUGGGGACUGGCUGCAGGAGUGUAUUCAGGUCUCACUUAUGGGUUAAGAGAAGCUCGUGGAGCUCACGAUUGGAAAAAUAGUGCAGUAGCUGGAGCAGUAACGGGUAUGGCAUUGGCACUCACAGCAGAUGAUGUUUCCCAUGAGCAAAUUGUGCAAUGUGCGAUCACAGGAGCUGCAAUUUCCACGGCUGCAAAUCUGCUGACUGGGAUAUUCUGAAGCCUGGGGAUUCCAAUUGUCUCAUAACAUGACACUGCCUUUCUUUCUGGUUGAAUACAUGACUUUGUUGGUUCUAAUGCUCUCUUCUCUCAGAGGAUGUUUUGUUUUGGAUGCAUGUUUUGAUCAUAAUGGUCAUUAAAGAGCAUGAAUCUUCUUUCCCAUCAAUAAUGGGUUCAUCUUUUGCAAGUGUUAUCUAGGUCUAAUAAAAAAUGCUUUAAUGUCUUA